AGGUCACAUUUUUUUAUUUUUUUAUUUUUUUACAAUUGGGAGCAUCGGAUUAACAUUUGAGAUUAACAUCUAAUACUUGUACUUGAAGUACCUCCCAGACCAGCCUGGCUUUCUAACCAAACGGCUGACAGAUUUAAAGAUGAAGCGGAUUGGCAGAGAUUGACGGCAACUGACUGUGACCUGCUGGAGAUGUUGAAGUGGUAUAUUGUCUCCGCUGCCUGGAAAUUGAGCCGUUAGCAUGUAGCUAACCGUCAUUUUAGCAACAGUCUUCGGUCAGAGGCUUCUUCGGAGUCGCUGCAAGACAGAAAACUACAGUAGAUCCUUCUGUAUCUGCGCCCAAUUUCACCCAGUUUCACCAUGACGACCAUUUGAAGAUUCUUGGAGAAUACGUGCUCACCAUGAGGAGUGUGUGUGUGUGUCUCUGCCUGGCUCUGCUGCUGCCCUGCUGCGUCCAGAGCCAGGCGAGCCGCCCGGCCCUCGCCCGGCUCGACGAGGACACGCAAAGAGACGUCCUGGCCGUCGACUUCCUGAACCGCGACGGCGUGUUGAACUCACUGCUCCGUUCAGAGCAUCACCUGGUGCUGCGGCAGGCCAGAGCCCCGCGCCCCGCGUCCCGGGUGCCGAAGAGAGCCCAGCAGGGCUCCCGCUUCGCCCUGUCCCUGGAUGUCCCCACCAGCAUCCUCAGUGUCCUCAUAGACCUCGCCAAGAACCAGGACAUGAGGACCAAAGCAGCGGCCAACGCGGAACUGAUGGCGAGGAUCGGCAAGAGAAAAUAAAAGCAGCCGGAGGGACGGAAACCCAGAGCCGGCCCGAGGCAUUAGUGAAGCAAGGCGCAGCUCGAGGUCAAAGGAAUGCGUCAGUUUUCAACGAUUACAUCUUUAAAUACUUACAAUUACUAUGUUGAGAAUGUUUAAAAAUAAAAUUCAAACGCAUUUUAAGUUUAAAACACACAUUGGAAUUUCAGGAGCAAUUAAACUUUUACAAAUUGAAUUGUUUCAUUUGAAAAGAUAAUUAGGAAAUGUUCAAGUUCAGAACAAGCCAGAAUAUAGACAAGUUCAAUGUAUUGGCAGGUACAAAA